GGGCACCAAUACAGGCCAAGUGCUGGCAGCAAGUGGACGUACGACAUACGGGGUCUUCCCUAGUCCUCAUGGCAAUCCCAAGAGAAAGAAAUGACUUUUUUUUUUUUUAACAGGUGAGUAAGGUGAGGCUCAAAGAGAACGGAGUUGCUGGAGUUCACCCAGCAGGCCUGAACCGCGGCCGCAUCUGCGCCCCCUGUGCCCGGGCACCCACACUGGCACCUCCUCCGGCCUGGUGCCUUCCGCCUGCAUUGCCACCGCGUGCUACCCUGCCGACCGCUUGGAACCCUUUUCCCGGAUGAGCUGAGGCCUCCGUUCACACCGAGGCCCCAGCCCCUCCCCCGCACGCCAUGAGCAGGCCCAACCUUCAGGAGUGGGUGAUGGAGGGGUCCCCGGAGGAUGGGCAGGAGUCUCCGGACUCCCGGGACCAAGCCACCGACUGGAGGUUUGCUGUGUGCCGUUUCAGGGAUGCCUGGGAUGAGGAGGAGCCCGCUCCCCAGGUGCAGGUUAAGGACCCCAGUCCUCCGAGACCCCCCGCAGGGGCAGCUCAGGGUGACGGGCUGCAGGGCGGCCCCCUGUGUGGGGAGCUGCCACCAACCCCAGGACAGAUGGCUGUGGAUGGGUCAGGGGAUGGCCAGAGGGUCGCUUUAGGAGGUUCCUCAGGCGAGUCAGAGGAACCAGUCCCCUCUGAAGUGAAGAGCCUCCUGUGCCUAAUGUCCUCCCACCUCAGCCUGGCACAGGGCAGUAGUGCCAGCCAAGGGGGAGACUUGGCAGGAGACCCAGAUUCAGGCAGGGUACUGACCACUGACUUGGACCCUGGGGAGUUGGGCAGCGAUUCUGUGAACCUGGGAGGCCCGUUAGCUGAGACAUCACAGCGGCUGGAGGCAGACCCUAGUGGAUCCAGCCUCCCUAAGCCCGCUGACUACCUUCUGGCCCAAGACCUCGCCUGGGAGCUGCUGGCCAGUGGCAUGGCUGCCCUGCCAGGGACUCGGGAUGCAGACGGCCGGGCAGUGCUGCUUCUGUGUGCUCAUAGCCACACCUGGCUUCAUCCCUUGUGCAGCAGCCAGGAACUCGUCCGCCUCCUGCUCUACCUGCGAAGCAUCCCCAGGCUCGAAGUACAGGCCCUGGGACUGACUGUGCUAGUGGAUGCCCGAAUUUGUCCCCCGAGCUCUUCCCUCUUCUGGGGGCUCAGCCAACUGCAAGAGGCAGUCCCAGGGUCGGUGCACCAGGUGCUGCUGGUGGGAAAAAUGCCCAAGGAGGUGCCUUCAGGACUGCAGGUAGAGCAGUUGUCCUCUCUUCAGAGCUUGCUGACCCACAUCUCCUCUUCAUGGUUACCGGCCUCACUGGGAGGAGGCCUGCCUUACUGCCAUCAGGCCUGGCUGCACUUCCGGAUGCGCCUAGAAGCCCUACUGCAGAGCUGCCAAGUGGUUUGUACCCUGCUCCAGGGGGCCAUUGAGACUGUGAAGGCUCUGCCCCAGCCCAUGGAGACUGGGGAAGUUGAUCAGCUGCUACAGCAGGCACAGGUCCUGAUGCAGCACGUGCUAGACUCACCACAGCUAGCAUGGCUACAAUGCCAGGGGAGCUUGGAGCUGGCCUGGCUGAAGCAGGAGGUCCCAGAGGUGACCCAGAGCCCAGACUACAGGCCAGCGGUGGACAAGGUUGAUGAGCUUUAUGGCUGCGUGGAUGGGCUGCUGCACGAACUGACCCUGCAUAGUAACCGUCGAAUACAGGCACUGGAGUUGAUCCAGACAUUGAAGGCCCAGGAGGGCGGGCUGCACCAGAUUGAAGUGUGGCUACAGCAGGUGGGCUGGCCAGCACUGGAGGAGCCAGGGGAGCCCUCAAUGGACACCCUGCUCCAGGCCCAAGGCCCUUUUCGGGAGCUGGACCAGGUUGCCCAGGAGCAGGUCAGGCAAGGGGAGAAGUUUCUGCAGCCGCUGACUGGCUGGGAAGCAGCUGAGCUGGGUCCCGUUGGGGCCCGCUUUCUGGCCCUGCAAGCCCAGCUGACUGAAUUCUCUAGAGCUUUGGCCCAGCGGCGGCAGUGGCUGGCAGAUGCUGAGAGGCUGUCGUGCUUCUUCAAGCAGGCCUCGACAUGGGCUGAGGAGGGGCAGCGGGUGUUGGCAGAGUUGGAGCAGGAGCCCCCAGGGGUUGUGCUGCAACGGCUGCAGCUGCACUGGACUAAGCACCCUGAAUUGCCUCCUGCCCACUUCCGAAAGAUGUGGGCUCUGGCCACGGGCCUAGGCUCUGAAGGCAUCCGCCAGCAGUGCCGCCAGGCCUGGGCACAGUGCCAGGACACCUGGCUGGCCCUGGACCAGAAGCUAGAGGCUGCACUGAAGCCACUACCGACGGGCAGCACAGCUAGCCCGUGUGUCAGGCAGGUCCCACUUGUGCCUGCCACCCCUCCGCUGAGGAAGGCAUACAGCCUUGAUCGGAAUCUGGGGCGGAGUCUCAGAGAGUCUGUCUACCACUGCCACCAAGCGGCCAGUGUGGCUGCCUGUCACAGACCAGAGGCUGGUGCCCAGCCUGGGUUAUCCCCCACCAUGCUUCUGUCAGGCAGCUCUGAUCCCAGGAGUCCCAGCAGGCUCCAGUUGGUGUUGGCAGAGAUGGUGGCUACGGAGCGGGAGUAUGUCCGUGCCCUUGACUAUACUAUAGAGAACUACUUCCCUGAGCUGGAUCGCCCCGAUGUGCCCCAGGGCCUCCGUGGGCAGCGUGCCCACCUCUUCAGCAAUCUGGAAAAGCUGCGUGACUUCCACUGCCACUUCUUCCUGCGUGAGCUGGAGGCCUGCACGCAGCACCCACCCCGGGUGGCCUAUGCCUUCCUGCGCCACAGGGUGCAGUUUGGGAUGUAUGCGCUGUACAGCAAAAAUAAACCUCGCUCCGAUGCCCUGAUGGCUAGCUAUGGCCACUCCUUCUUCAAGGACAAGCAGCAAGCCCUGGGGGACCACCUGGACUUGGCCUCCUACCUGCUGAAGCCCAUCCAGCGCAUGAGCAAGUACGCACUGCUGCUCCAGGAGCUGGCGCGGGCCUGCGGGGGGCCCAGGCAGGAGCUGAGUGCUCUGCAGGCUGCCCAGAGCCUGGUGCGCUUCCAGCUGCGACAUGGCAACGACCUGCUUGCCAUGGACGCCAUCCAGGGCUGUGACGUCAACCUCAAGGAACAGGGGCAGCUGGUGCGACAAGAUGAGUUCACAGUGCGUGCUGGGCGCCACAAGUCCCUGCGCCGAGUUUUCCUCUUUGAGGAGCUGCUGCUCUUCAGCAAGCCGCGCCGAGGACCCACAGGCAUCGACAUGUUUGCCUACAAGCGCUCCUUCAAGAUGGCAGACCUCGGUCUCACCGAGUGCUGUGGGGAUAGCAACCUGCGCUUUGAGAUCUGGUUCCGCCGUCGCAAGGCCAGGGACACUUUUGUGCUGCAAGCCGCCAGCUUGGCCACCAAGCAGGCUUGGACGGCUGACAUCUCCCGCCUGCUCUGGAAGCAGGCCGUCCACAACAAGGAGAUGCGCGUGGCUGAGAUGGUGUCCAUGGGUGUGGGGAACAAAGCCUUCCGGGACAUCGCCCCCAACGAGGAAGCUAUCAGCGACCGUACCAUCAACUACGUUUUAAAGUGCCGAGAAGUUCGUUCUCGGGCCUCCAUUGCUGUGGCCCCGCUUGACUGUGAGAGCCCCUAUCUGGGGGCCUCGAGCGCCCUUCCUGCAGACCCUGCCUCUGGCUCAGUACUAGGGUCCCUCAACCUGCACCUGUACAGAGACCCGACUCUUCAGGGCCUCCGCUGGCCCCUGUAUUCCACCAGCUUCCCAGAGGAAACAUCGCUGGAGGCUGAAGAGGAGCUGGGCAGCCAGCCAUCCUUGACUCCUGAGGACUCAGAGGUCUCAUCCCAGUGCCCAUCCGCUAGUGGCUCCAGUGGCUCUGACAGCAGCUGUGUGUCAGGGCAGGCUCUGGGCAGGGCCUUCGAGGACUUGUCCUAUGUCUGAGCCCAGGCUCGAAUGUGAGCAGUGGAUCCAGCAGCCUAUAACUCCAAACAUCAUCACCUCUGUCUGGAUCUACUGUGACCAGGGCAUAGCUGGCACCUGGGCCACUUCCAGCCCACAUGCACUGCCCUGUUGACUACCCUUUCUGACAUCUGUACCCACUGGACUCCAGGGGACUCUGCUGCAGAGCCUGAAUGAGCACCCUGAUCCUGGGCUCCUGGCUCCAUGUCCCCUCCUGUCUCUCCAGUUCCCACCCAGUUGUGGGUUAGGAUUAGGCUAGAGCAGAGCGUGGGUGUUUCCAUGCUCUAGGCUGGUGGGCACCAAGUAGCCACAGCAGCUGUGUGUCAGGGCAGGCUCUGGGCAGGGGCCUCGAGGACUUGUCCUAUGUGAGUGCCAUUUUGCCUUAUACGCACCAGCCCUCGGGAGGAGCACGGGCAAGUCCCAGCAGCUGCUUCCCAAUCUUGGUCUCAAAGCCAAGCUCCUCAAACUAAGGGACAAUCCUGUUGGGCCCUUACUGUUGCCUGCCCUGGCUCCCCAGGCCCAGCCCCUUCUUACCUGGGUCAGUUUGGUUCUAUUGACUCAGUGCCUUUUGAAUAGCUUUCAAUUAGAUUUGUUGUCUAAACUUAUUUCACUGGUGGUUAGGUU